AUGAUCAACGAACGUAGUUCUGCACAAGCCAACACACCAACAUCUGCUAAUAUGCAGUACGGUUAUCCAACUAAUCAUUAUGAUAUGAUGAGUAUGGCACCAAUGCAAAAUCCAACUGAUCUGUAUUCUUAUUAUCCCCCAAGUCUUUAUCAACCAUUUGGUGGAUUUGAUGAUCAUAGUCAAUGGGGAACCGCUGAUACAUCAGGAAAUGUUCCGCAGCAUCCACCUGGGCCGAUGCAAUUUCAUCCUCAAAUGUAUACACCGUCACCUAUUGAUAUGUCUAGAAGUCCAUUUGAAUAUCCUGCACCACAUCAUGCCUAUCCCCAUUAUCAUCCAGGUUUUACACCUUCAACAUUUCCUGGACCACCUUCCACAGGUACAUCAACCUUUGAUAUGUCAUGGAAUCCACAUAGUCUGUCAAUGCAACAAAUGCAAGUUGCAGCUCAGCAACAAAUGACACCAAUUGGUGCUGGACCAGCGUCAAAUAAGAAAAUAUCAGUUUAUGACGAAUAUCCAGCUGGUGGUGUUGGUGAUAUGCUCGCUCAACAUAUGAAUGCAGUUGAUUUAGGAAAUAGUGCAAAUAACGAUGACACACAUAAUUAUGACAAUGGAGCAAAUGAUAAUACCCUACAUGUGAAUACACUAUCAUCUAAAGAACAGCAACAACAUUAUCAAUCGAAUAGUAGCAAUCUUUCAUUAUCAUCACGUCCGUCUCAAGUACCCUCAUCUUCUGCAUCAAGCGGUCCAAAAUCAUAUGCAUCCGUUGUUUCAUCCGACACUAUAAACAUAAAUAACAAUAAAUUGACUCAACCUAUUCAUAAUAUACCUGUUCGUUCAACAGUACAAUCGUCGACAAACGAACUUAAUAAUACGACGUCAAAUUUUUCUAAUGACUCUAAUAAUUCACGUUCGAAUACGAAUAUGCGAGGAAAUAAUAAUAAUAAUAAUAAUAAUAAUAUGAAUAAUUAUUCCCAACAAACACGUAACGGCUCAGGUGGAUAUAAUUCUCGUAAUCAACAACAACAACAGCAGCAACAAUCAUCCGGUAGUGGAGGCUUUCUAAAUUGGGCGAAUAGUAGUUCAUCAUCGAAUUCUCGUGGUAAUAAUAAUAAUAAUAAUAGUAAUACCCCAUCAAACUAUUAUAAUAGUGGUUCGCCGAAUUAUUAUGAACGUUCAUCGUAUUCGCAGCAACAACAAACAGCAACAUCAUCAAAUAAUAAUACUAAUAAACGAUCAAAUUUUAAUUAUCAACAAAAUUAUUCAUCAUCUCGAACAGCAAGUAAUAUGAGUAAUGGUAGUGGUCCAUCAUCAGCUGUUGGGCAACAACAACCAUUGUCUGCUGCUAAUCAAGAGUUUCUUGACAAUCUUAAACGAAAUCAUCAAUACAAUCCAAAAGAUUUUAAUUUAAAUCCUAAAGGAGCAAGAUUUUUCGUUAUUAAAUCAUAUUCCGAAGAUGAUGUACAUCGAUCAAUAAAAUAUAAUAUUUGGUGUUCAACUGAACAUGGAAAUAAACGUUUAGACGCUGCCUUUCGUGAACGUGAAGGAAAAGGACCAAUAUAUUUAUUUUAUUCUGUUAAUGCGUCGGGACAUUUUUGUGGCAUGGCUGAAAUGAUGUCUCCUCUUGAUUAUGAACAUCAAACCGAUGUUUGGCAAAUGUCAAAUAAAUGGCAAGGUAAAUUUGAAGUUAAAUGGAUUUACGUUAAAGAUGUACCAAACCAACAAUUUCGUAAUAUACGUUUGGAAAAUAAUGACAAUAAACCAGUAACAAAUUCACGUGAUACACAAGAAAUCCCAUAUGAAAAAGGAAAAUUAAUGUUAAAAACUAUGCAUCUGUAUCGUGAUAAAACGUCAAUAUUUGAUGAUUUUCAAUAUUAUGAAUCAAAACAAGCAGAAGAGGUAGUUAAAAAACCUACAACUAAUGACUUUAUUAAUACGAACCCACGAGGAAAUAAUAACAAUAAGCGACAAUAUUCAGCCAAUAAAACACCAGCCGAUCAGCAGCAACAGCAUCAAACUGAAAAUAUAAAUGAUGAAGACAUACAAUAA